AUGCGUGUCAUUACUGCCCGAACCCAAACUCAUCCUCUUCUUAUCGGUUUAGAUGAGAAGUACUUAAAACUCGCUUCACCACACUUUGUGAUCGACUUACACGAUAUCUCGCAAAUUCAACGACAAAAUCAAAAGACUAUCAUUACUACACCCGAACACCAUCUCGAAAUAGAAGGACUUUCCUUAUCUGAUUCCGACCAAAUUAUCGAAGUUGUCCAAAAAAAGCGAAUGAUAAGCCAAGAUGAAAUCAAAACUUUAAUUAAGCAAGAUAUCCAACUAAACCACCUUUAUCAAAACAUUGCCACUGAAGAACAACAACUCUUCUACAAGACUUUUGGCGAUCGAAUCAUUAGUCGCACUAAAAAGUCCGAUCCUGAUCUAACCAGCUUACAUUCCAGCCGUAAAAAAGCCCAAUACGUCCUGACUAACCGCACUCUUCUCAAUGUCUUCUUCAAGAUGAACAUUGAUUUUGAUCAGUUUGUCAAAGAUCUCUUUACCGGCUACGUUAUAGCUAACCAAGAAGAAAACGAAGUAGACAAAAUGCUUCUCGUUGAGCUCAAAAGAGGUUCUGGGCCCGUUGAAAGACUUAAUGCCUACUCCAUGAUUGAAGAGAGUGAAUGGACUUCCUGGACACCCACUGAACGACCCCAACUACCCCUCAAAACCCGAGAUAUCCUCAACCCCGGUCUUUUUCAAAAUAUUCCUAAACCCAAACCCAUUGCUAUCUCUACUUCUCCCACCGCCCCAGCCACUCUUACUCCACCCCAGAUCCAAGUCUCUACGCUUAAGCCAAUCACAACUAUUCCUAUUCCAACCCCCCUACUGCGACGCAUGCGUGAAACCAGCCGAUUGGUGGCCAAGACCAAAGUCAGCACCAAAACCUCCACCAGUACGGCCAUGGCCUUAGAACAAAUCUUCCGGGAAGAGACUCGACGACGCUUUUCUGAGAAAGAUGGCGAAGUCGCUCUUUUGGCCAUUAAUCGGAUUCUACCAACUCGUUUUAUUACCAAGCCUAAGCCAACAUGA